GCAUUCGCGCAGUGGUCAUGUUUGUUGUCGCCGUACGAAUUUCUCAAUUUCCGAUUGUCGCAGAAUUCUUCGUCUUUUCCGACCGAACUUUCGGCCGAGAUUUGUCUAAUUUUCCUCCUAAAAUCAUCCAGAUUGACAGAUAGUCGUAUCAUUUCGGUUUAUUUGCGGUUUUUUGGCUCGUUACGAGUUGUUUUGAGAGCAGGUUUGAGAUCGUCGCAACAUGGGCGAACCUCCCCCGAAUUCGAAUGGAUGGUUCUCCGGAUUCCAUCCUUUGCUCUACCCAGGGAGCCAACGUUUUCCAGGGCAAUACGGCCCUCCAAUGACGCCCCCUCCUGGCUACUAUCCCCCUAGCAGGCCCACAGGUUUUCAACCCUUCCGAAUAGGCGGUCCCGGUCCUCGAAGGCCCAACGAUCGGCCUCCAAUGCCCCCAAAUGACGAACCCACACCUCCGGGGGCCGAGAGUCCUCCACCUCUGCCCCCAGGCUCCCCUCCGUCUCCUAGCUCCAUUCCCGUACCCCCGCCGCCUACAGGGCCGCCUCCAGUAUGUCCUCCGCCCCCAAUGCCUCCGAUGAACUGCAUGCCUCCUGGCAACGCAGGUCCCUUUGGUACUCCGAUGCGUUUCAAUAUGGGGAAGAGAGCCGGUCUCGGCUUCCAGCAGCACCAAAAUCACAAUCAAAACCAACAACGGCAUCCGAACCAAUUUCAGAACAAUAUGAAUCAGCAAGGUGGUCGUGGUAAAAAGCGCAACAAAAGAGGUCGUCAGCAGCAGCAACCGAUGCAGUUCCAGAUGGGUGGCAAAUUGAACAAUCCGUACUUGCAGAGCCACUCGUUCACGCAGCCACCACCUCCACUACCUCCGAAUACUCCUCCUGUCUCCACUCCACCUCCACCACCUCCUGAAAAUAUUCCUACCCCUCCUCCUCCGCCAUCUCCUUCUAUCUCCCAUGUUUCAGAGAAAAAGGACGACGAUAUUGCUGCCAAGUGCGCUAUUCAAGAGUGGCCCAUAACUUUACAAAAUUAUGUGAUGCGAUGUUACUCAAUGUGUGACAGUAAAGAGGACCGGGACCGAGUCGACGUCUACUUGAAGCAAAUGCUCACUGCAAAAGCCAAGCAGGGCAGCAACGCCAUCCUGACUCACAACUGGAGCAGCGAACCGCUACCAGCUCACUUGGUGCGGCGGCGCAGACGUCGCUCGUCCUCGAGCAGUUCCAGGCGACGCCGCUCGAGCAGCUCCUCCUCGUCAACGUCAUCAUCGCCAAGUCCACACCGACCAAGUGGCCCUCAGGCCAAGAAGGCGAGAGGUGGCGCGGCCAGGGGGAGAGGCAGGGGUGGCGUUACUGGCAGACUCGGACAGCGGCGCGGAGGAGGCCAAUUUGGUGCUCCUGCACCGCAAGUCAAUGCUGCGCAACUCCAGCGCCGGGCUGCUCGCUUCCAGGAACAUUUGCGUGUUGAGGCUCCAAAGCCCACCCAACUUCAGUUCAACGAAGAAAAUACUGAUUGGAGCACGAUGCACAUUGUGGGCACAUGUCAGAACAUAGAAAAGCCCUAUCUACGGUUGACAAAGGCGCCAGAGCCUUCUGCUGUGCGCCCUGUCGAAGUGCUGCGUCGCUCUCUUGAAUGGGUGAAGAGGCAGUGGAUCGUGAAGCACGACUACCAUUAUGCAUGUGAGCAGUUCAAGUCGAUCCGCCAAGAUUUAACUGUGCAAGGAGAGCGAGGCCCUUUUACCGUUCUCGUAUACGAAACGCACGCCAGGGUCGCCCUGGAGAGUAAAGACCCUGAAGAGUUCAAUCAGUGUCAGACGCAGUUGCGUAUGCUGUACAGUGAUUGUGGCGGCAGGAAUGAAAAUGAAUUCACUGCCUACCUCUUGCUCUAUUAUGUCUUCACCAAAAAUACUCUAGAUUUAACCACAACUUUGGCUAGGCUCACUGCUGAAGAGAAAAAGACGGAGGCAAUGUCUCACGCUAUUCACGUGUAUAAGGCAUGGUUGGAGUCGGACUAUAACAAAAUGUUCAAACUUUACCGAACAGCUCCUUUGAUGUCUGGGUAUUUAAUGGAUUGGUUCUCGGAAAGGGAGAGAAAGGUCGCAGUCAAAAUUCUAAUCAAAGCGUAUCGCCAAGCACUGCCCGUGUCUUUUGUGGUUUCGCAGUUGGCUUUUGAGUCUGAGGAAGAGUGGUUUACGUUUUCACAGCCGUUUCCCAUAGUUUACACUAAUGAUGCCCGAACACACAUAGACUGCAAGGCUAGCAUGCCUGCCAUAGCGGCUCUUUAAAUCUGUGAUCCCUCCACUAAAACCUGCCCAUCUGUUAUUGUUUAGUUGGAUUGCUUAAUUAUUAAUAAAUAUUCAUUUUUCAGGUAUUCAA